CAUAUUGAGAUCCACUGAAGGCCAUCCUUGACUGAUAGGCAUCACCCUGACUCACUGCAUCAGAGGGCACAAAGCAUGAGGGCUGGGAGAGGGACCCUGGGUGUUUGCCUGGCCAGGGUAAAGCAGUCACAAGGAGGUGACCUGGACAAACUAGCAUGUGGCCUUAAGAAAAGAAGUCAGAAGGGGAACCCCAGCCCAUCAGCUGUGCCUUCUUGGACAGACCAGCCUAUGGCAGAUACCUAUGGAAAGUCAUGGGCCACAGCGGCAGCAUCCUCAGAAAUGAAGCGUGCUCAGAGCAAGGCCAGCCUCGUACUUCACAGAGGCUUCACAGUGCUUCACUAUCUGAAGGGGUCAAUGGGGAGAAGUUCAGCUCCUGCAGCCUCCGUAGGAAGGGCUGUGGUUCUGUCCUCUGCUCCUUCAGAAGAACAUCUAUCUGGGGUGUCCCGUGGCAUCGGGGAUACACUAGGAAGUGACUGGCUGGGAAGAGAGCCCAGAGCCACAGACAGCCGUGGACAGUACCUCAAAGGAGAGUCCUGGGUGUCAGGAUGGCCACGCCAUCCAAAACUGAGGGAAAUGGGAUUUCUAAGCGAUGAACCCCUGAGUGCUGUCCCCAAGGGGCUAGGCACCAAGUCAGAACUGUCUUACCAAUACACUGAGCUGUGCCAGCUGCCAUAUGCUUACACCCAUUAUGAAGUUUUCCCAGAAGACAAGACGAGAUGUGUGUCCCUUGACCAUUUAAAUCCCGUGUUUUCAGAGGAAACAGUAGAAGAUGAGAAAACUCUCAAGUACUUCAGAUGGUCUGCAGAUAGUCGUGGGGUCACUGGCUCUGCAAUCAUCCAGAUUAGCAAGUCUCUGAUGGCAUAGUCAAGGUACAAGCAGAACAAUAAAAAUAGCAGAUUAAUUUUAAA